AUGCCCUUCAAUGCCAAUUGGUCAGACAAUCAAACAGAUAAUGAGCGCCCUGCUAAAGUGCGUCGGAUUGCCCGGGCUUGUCUACAAUGUCACACACGGAAACAGCGAUGUUUACCAUCCGACGUAUCCAAUCUACAAUUACCAUGCAAGCGAUGUCAAAGACUAAGCAUCACUUGUUCAUUUGAGACAGAUAGAGCACCAACAUUGGACCUGACUCAAAGUCCAUCGGGUCUAGUACAACUGGUUAUUGAACUUCAAAAUCGACUCAACCAACAUGAAACCCGAAUAUCUGAGCUUGAAAAUCAGAAGAGUCCAUUUGACCACAAUACAAAAGAAAGACCCGGAGACAUUCAGCCUGAGCAUCAAGAAGCUCUCCCGAAAAGUCAAAGCAACAUAUAUGAUUCUCCCGAGUCAGAAAUCGACGGAAUCCAUCUAGGUCCUCCUAUCGCAACACUGCGAUCGUUAAGAGUGCUUGCGGAAGAGAGAGUUGAUGAGUCAACUCUGAGAGCGCAGAGAUACAAGAACAUGUACGAUCCUAUUUACCAGGGGCUCCUUACAGCCGAAGAGGUCCGGCGAGCAGUCGAAAUAUUCUUUGAUCAUUGCCAUCACUCAGCGCCUGUAUUAGAUGAAAGUAUUCGGGAUACAUGGCAUGAAUAUCUUCAAACAAGCCCAACACUUAUUUUGACAAUAUGCUCAGUUGGUACCCGGUUCUGGGAUAUAGGUGAUCGAACUGACGAUUCUAUUGUCGGUCAUCCCCGAUUUUAUGAUCUGACAAAAUUACUCGACAAAGCGGUCUCCAGGCUCCUACUCCGGCCCACCCCAUCAGAUGUCAAUUUAGAUUCUAUCUGUGUGCUUCUUCUCUAUGCCCAGUGGAUGCCAUGCAGCAAAGAGGGUGAAGACGAGGAUUCCUUGCGCCCAAGUACCUAUGACGAACCCAAGACCAAAAGCCGGUACAACGAAAUCAGUGCUUGGGUUGUCUUGGGAUUAGCAGAGCGAUACUCUGCCCUACUGGGCCUCGAACAAUCAGCCACAUCACUAUUCAAACCCCCUGACAAGGUACCAUCCAUAGAGGAUGUGAAAAAGCUACGAGUGUGGUACAACUUGCUCACAUGCAACUUCAACCUCAUGCUUACAUCCGGUCUACCCGCAUCAAUUGAUCCUACUCCAUCGGUCCAGGUGGCGUGGAGGUUUGUCUCUCAUGAGAUGAUGCAGUCCCCUGCGGACCUUCGGAUCUUGGUUUUCUCGUUUAGAGAAAUCAGAAUCCCAUUACAAUCAUUUGCCAUUCACUUCGGCCCGGUGGUACCGACUCUCCCUCAAUUGUGCAUCCCUUGCACCACUACUUUCUUCCCCACGGUGAGCUUGACCGCAGCAGCGCAGAUAAUAUUAGCACAAUCGAGCUUCAAGCCAGAUAUUGUCUUCUCGCUGGAUUCGCAGGAACUAUCUACCUUUCCCGGUGGGACAUACAAUGUGGAUCGUGCAUCCGUGAGUCGAUUAUACUAUGCGGUGGACUCGACCUGGAUUUCGCAUACGUUCGCUAUCAUAUUCUUAUGUCUUUGCUAUAUUCGGGGCAUCAUCGAUGAAAACCUACAAAUUUGCAGCGAAGACUCUAGUCAAGAGAAAGGGAAAUUAUGUACACGCCUUCCCUCCUCUUCUUCUUCGGUUCUCGCUCGACUCCUCCUCCUUGCGAUAGACAUCUUUGACAGCGUGUCUCUGGCCACGAGAUUUCAUUUUGCGCACGACUUCCAAGCCAUUGUUCACUAUACAGUUGCUUUGGUGUUAAUCUCUGAGAAGAACGAGCAGCAUAUCGAGGAAACGGAGAUUGAUGAUAUGGCAAUCCAGUCUCUGCUAGAUUUGAUGAAUGAUUCUGGUGUUGACUGGGCAGGGAAUCUUUUCGGGGAGUCGCUUGAUUUCCCAGAGUUGAAUAUGGACGGGAUGCUUUCAUGA